AUGCUGCGUCAUUUGAAGCGCGUGUUCAUCCAGUUCUCUCCCCUCGACCCCAGAGCGACCUCAGCCCGCGAGCUACUCCAGCGCGUUGGCUGCGACGCCGCGCGUAAAAGCAACCCUUCCUGUCAAGUGGAAUUCAACAUAGACGAGGCCGGCAAGCCGGGUAGCAGCUUCGUGGAGCUGCAGUUUGUGGAUGACGCUCAGGCCAAGCUGCAAACCGCCGACUACCGCGUUGACGACAUUGUGCGGAUCAUCGAGCAGAAGGCGAGUGAGAUGGAGAUGCGCACGGUCAUGACGGAGGUCGGCUUUGAUCCACAGGCAACGGCAGCGGCAAGAGGCGGUAGCAAGCGGUAA